CCCAAAGAUUGCUGUGCAUCUCCGGAGAGCUAUGGUUCUAACGAGAUUAAAGCGAGGGAGGUUACGGAUAACGCGCCAUGAGCGGAUAGGUGUAGAUUCGAGGUAUACGAACCUCAUCGUGUAAUCUACUAGUUACUACCUCUUCUUCUCCGAAGGAACCUGCUGCAACAACCCGAGUACUGACGGCGGAAACCCCUAUCGUAUUAUGGUUUGUUGCUCUCAGCGCGCGACUGACGGCUUCACUGACCGCAACGGUGUUUAUUGCUUAGAGGGAGACGGCGGUGGAGUCGAUGCGGGACACAAUGCAAACGAUACGUAUGCACCUGGCGGUCAAGGCGUGAUCUACCACCCAGGGCAGCAAAGCGUAGUCAUCUAAUAGCACUACAUGAAGCCGGGUGCUGGCUUUCAGCAGACCAAUCUUAGUUUGGAUGAAACAAGCUGGAGUUCAGUACCGGAUGGCCUGUGGCUCAGCCGUGUUGAUCGAGUCGUGCAGGUUUCAAUCUGAGGCUCGUCUUACCGGUAUUUCUCUUGAGAACGAAGUCUUCUAUGACACCGUUAUGUCUUCCCAUUGAGCCUUCAUGCGUAAGAAAACAAAUCGUGCGGAGUAGUCGACGGCCUGAUGCUGUUGAUCUUCAUCCGCGGGACAUUACUGUUAUAGUCCCCUCUUGCGCUACAAUUCCUCGAGAUCCUUAAAUAGUAAGCGACCCUAUCAACUAGCCUUCUAC